CUGCGCGGACGGGAUAUUAAACAUUGUUGUGACAUUACUGUUGAAGAAGGACUGUUCUAUAAUGUUGUUGUCAGCGUCAUGACCGUGAUGGGGCGGUGGCACGUGGUGCUGGUCGCGCUGGCGCUGCUGACGCGCGCGGGCGCUGGCGCCGCCGCCGAACAGAUGCAGUCCCGCGCCGUGGACACCGGCGUAGACCUCCGUGUGCCCGAAUCACAACCUAUUGGGACCAAUGUCGGCAGAAUACCUACUAAACCCGGUUUCACGUACCGCUUUAAUGAACCACCAAAGGAAUUCGUCCUAGAUCCUGUGUCUGGUGAUAUCAGAACUAAUGUGAUCCUUGACCGGGAGAGUGUUGAUCGUUAUGCUUUUGUUGUUCUAUCGAGCCAGCCGACGUAUCCUAUCGAGGUGCGCCUCAGAGUUACUGAUGUCAAUGAUAACUCCCCAGAGUUCCCGGAACCGGUGAUCGCUGUGGCGUUUUCAGAGAGCGCGGCUCCCGGGACUAAGUUGUUAUUAGACGCGGCCACUGACAAGGAUUUAGGUGAAAAUGGAAUUGCCAACGAUUAUAGAAUAGUGGAUGGUGAUAAUGAAGGAAAGUUUAGAUUGAACGUCACCGUAAAUCCUAGUGGACAAACUUCAUAUUUACAUUUAGAAACUACAGGAAAAUUAGACAGAGAAACAAAUGAUUUUUACAUAUUAAAUAUCUCUGCACGUGACGGUGGCAGUCCUCCGAAGUAUGGGUAUCUUCAAGUGAACGUUUCAAUUUUAGAUGUAAACGAUAACCCUCCUAUAUUUGAUCAAAGCGAUUUUUCAGUGUCACUUAAUGAGAGUGUCCCUCCCGGAACUACUGUCCUUAAAGUGACCGCAACGGAUAGUGAUUUGGGUGAUAAUAGUAAAAUUACUUACGAAGUGACCGAUACAGAGAAACAGUUCGCCGUUGACCCAGAGUCCGGUGUUAUAACUACAUUAAAAAAGUUGAGUUGCCCAAAAUAUUGCAGUAACACGACUUGUAAUAUGACGUGCGUUCUAACAGUUAUAGCAAAGGACCACGGAGUACCGCGUCAAGAUGCUAGAACGUAUGUAACUGUCAAUUUGAUUGAUGCUAACGAUCACGAUCCAGUUAUCACUUUUACUUAUGUACCAUCGACAGCUAACUUCGCAACAGUGGAUGAAAAUGCUAAAAAUGGAUCACUUGUGGCCGCUAUUACUGUAACAGAUUUAGAUGCUGGUCUCAACGGAAUAACGAGCAUUAAGAUAGUGGCGGGGAAUGAAUUAAAUCAUUUUAGACUGGAAAAUUCAAGCAGUGUGUACAUAGUACAUGUUAAUGGUAUUUUAGAUAGAGAGGAAAUAAGUAAAUAUAAUUUAACUGUGGUAGCUACUGAUAAAGGUACGCCCCCACGUACUGCUACUUCGUUCCUAGUGAUUCAUGUAAAUGAUGUCAAUGAUCAUGAACCUGUAUUUGAAAAAUCUGAGUACUCUACUGUUCUUAGUGAAUUGGCUCCCAUUGGAACAUAUGUAGCUGGAAUAACUGCAACAGAUGAAGAUACGGGAGUCAAUGCUGAAAUUUUUUAUGAUUUUUAUGACGGUAACCAACAACAAUGGUUUUUUAUUGAUCACUACACGGGCCUAGUAACAACUAGAUCAGUUUUAGAUAGAGAGAUCCAAGGUACUGUCGAAUUAAAUGUGUCAGCCCGUGAUGGUGGACCAAACCCUAAAUGGGCAUAUACAAGGCUAAAAAUUACUAUAUUAGACGAAAAUGAUGAAGCACCUAGUUUUCCUCAACUUCAAAUUAAUACAUCACUUCCAGAAAACGUGAAACCCUUAAAAGAAAUUCUUAUUUUAACUGCUUCCGAUUAUGAUCAAGGAACAAAUGGAUCUGUGUCAUAUUACUUGUCAUCAAAUAUUGAAAGGAAAUAUCCUAACACAUUUAUGCUGGAUCCAAUAACUGGUCAAUUAAGCGCAGUAACAGAGUUAGAUAGAGAAAGAAUUCCAUUUUAUGAGAUACAGGUUAUAGCAAAAGAUCAAGGUUACCGUCCACAAUCAUCUACAGCUACAGUUUUCUUAAAAGUAAUUGAUGUUAAUGAUAAUGAUCCAAUAUUAUAUCCUCAGAGAUAUUUCGAAAGUAUAAGAGAGGAUUUGGCUCCAGGAUCUAGGGUUCUACAGGUAAAUGCAUUUGAUCUUGACGAGGGGGACAAUUCUAAAGUAGUAUACAAGUUAGAAAGUGGCGGUGAAGGCUAUUUUGAUGUGGAACCUGAAAGUGGGAAUGUAAUAUUACAAAAAGAUUUCCGUAAAGCACCCAAGUCACUUUAUUCGUUAAGAGUGUCUUGCAAAGAUAAAGGAAAUAGAAGGGCUGUUGAAGACGCUAUAGUUGAUAUUAUUAAGGUCUCUUAUAGAAAAAACUUAGAGUUUGACGGAUAUAAUGGUUACAAUUUUAAAAUAACUGAAGAUGAUGGCUUAUUGAAAUCAAGUCCUGGCCGGAUUGUAGGAAAAGUUGGAACAAGAACUAUAAGUGAUAAUAUAUCAUAUUAUAUUAUAGAAGGCGAUCCAAAGAAAAUUUUUAAAAUUGACGAAAAAUCUGGAAUAGUCACUACAGAGUCUAAUCUUGACCGUGAAGAUAAAACUACAUACCAUCUCAAAAUAAUGGCUAGAAGUGGACAAGCUUUUGGUUUUACUACUAUGAAUAUUUCAGUAUUGGAUGUAAAUGAUAAUUAUCCAAUUUUCAUUGAAGGCAAGGAUGAAAUACAUUUACCUGAAAACAUGGCGGUAGGACAUGAGGUUUAUUUCGCCAGGGCCACAGAUCAUGACUCUGGGUCGAAUAGAACAGUUACUUAUACUUUAAGUUAUAAUGCUGACAACACUUUUAGAAUAUCCGAAACGACCGGUGUUAUAUAUUUGAAUAAAGCAGUAACAAACGAACCGGGUACAACACUAUCUAUUGAGGUUACUGCUUCUGAUAGUGGGAAACCUGUUUUAGCUACAAAACAUUCGAUAGUAGCUAUUAUUGAUGAUGUAAAUGAUCAUACCCCUGUAUUCGAUCACACGUCCUAUGAAACAUCAUUAUUUGAAUCUACUCUUGUAAAUAAGAGAUUUUUCGCCGUAUCAGCUUCAGAUGCCGAUUUAGGCCAAAAUGGGAGAAUAUCCUACUCAAUCAUAGAAGGAAAUGUAGACGGAAAAUUUGGGAUAUUUCCAGAUGGAUACAUUUAUGUUAAGAGUCCUCUCGACAGAGAAGAAAAGGAUUAUUAUUCUUUAACUAUUGUCGCAUCAGACCAUGGGAAACCGUCACGAUCAUCUCAAGUCCCAGUAGUUAUUCACGUUCUUGACGAAAAUGACAAUAGUCCACAGUUCACGAAUACUACUUUUAUUUUUAAAAUAAAAGAAAAUGAACCGCCUGACACUUUCGUGGGAAAAUUAACUGCUACUGAUAAAGAUAUCGGGCGUAAUGCAGAACUAACUUUCAGCUUACCAAUCGCUCAAAAUGAUUUCAGAAUUGAUUCGAGAAAUGGAUUUAUUAAAACAUUGAAGUCGUUUGACAGAGAAAGUCUAUCCCAGAAUAGUGGUCAAAAUUAUAUAACGUUAACCGUUACUGUGAGUGAUAAUGGCAAAGUAAAACUUUCAGAUUCUGUUAGAGUCACCAUAUACAUCACAGAUGUAAAUGAUAAUUCACCAAUAUUCACACGUACUCCGUAUGCUGUGGAAGUAUCCGAAGGAGCUGUUGUCGGUGCUUCAAUCAUGAGGGUUUAUUCUUCGGAUGCCGAUGAAGGACUAAAUGGUGACGUUUAUUAUAAGCUGAUAGGAGGCGAUGAUUUAGGAAAGUUUAUGCUUGAUGAAGCUACAGGACAACUUUUUAUAAAUAAGCCAUUAGACAGAGAAAGUGUAGACCAUUACGUACUCACAGUUAUAGCCCAUGAUUCGGGACAAGAAACUCGGCUUUCUUCAACAGCAACAAUUACGGUAGAUGUUCUGGAUGAGAAUGACAAUGCACCUGUAUUUGAACAGUCUCAAAUGAAUGUUUCUGUGCUUGAAACAGAGCCUGUAAAUAAAAAAAUUAUUCAAUUUCAUGCCAAUGACGCCGAUUUGGGAAUAAAUAAUGAAUUGCAAUAUUCAAUUACGUCGGGAAAUAGAAAAGAGACAUUUUUUAUUGACAGUUACUCAGGGGAGUUAUUUUUACAUAAGCAUCUGGAUUAUGAAGAUUUGACAUCUUACGUCUUAAACAUAACGGCCACUGAUAACGGAAACCCAAGUCUAUCGUCCAGUGUCACAUUUACUGUCACUGUUAUAGAUGCAAAUGAUAAUGCUCCAAUAUUUACGAACACAGCUAUAGUACGUCAAAUUAGAGAAGGAAUUCCUAUGCACACUCCAAUUGUCACUGUUACUGCAGAAGAUCCCGAUUCUGGAUGGAAUGGAAAAGUUUACUAUUCAAUCACCCAUCAAGACCCCAGUAACGGCAAAAGACAUUUUGCAAUUAAUAAUGUCACUGGCGUUAUAUACACUUUAUUGCCUAUUGACAGGGAAAUCAUUGACACCUUUAGAAUAACUGUAGUGGCUUGUGAUAAAGCUGAACCGGCGUCCAGUAGAUUGUGUUCCGAGAAAUUGGUAACUGUAAUUGUUGAAGAUAUUAAUGAUAACGCCCCAGUGUUUGUGUCCAUGAAUGCCGCUGUUAUAAACUCUGAAAGAUUGGGUAGAAGUAUGAGUCGAGGCAAAUUCAUUAUGAAUGUUUUGGCUAGAGAUUUGGAUUCCGGGACUAACGGUCUAGUAACGUAUAAGUUAAUUCAUGGAGGGAAUGACAUGUUUGACCUUCAUAGGAGUAAUGGUGCGCUAAGUUUACGUUAUCCUCCAUCAAUGCCUGAUGUAAGAUGGAAUUUAGUUAUAAAAGCGACUGACGAAGCAGUUCUAAGUGAACAGAGGAGUACUGAAACUUACUUAACUGUGAUCAUGGGUGGAACUGAACUGGAAGGUAUUAUGUGGACGAAUGUGGGAUCUAUUUCCGUAGCUGAAAAUGAACCAGCCGGAACUGCCGUGUUAAACAUGACUAACAAUUACAAAGGUGGUUUAGAAUACUAUAUAGUGAAUGUGACUGGUGAUAAUAAACAAGUGGAUAGGUUAUUUGACAUAGAUUCGUCCUUGGGCAUUUUAUCCACUGCUGUUUCAUUGGACAGAGAAGCUGGUGUCGAUCGUUACGAAGUGGAAAUUUGUGCUGUAUCAUCAGGAAGUCCCUUACAAUCCACAACCACAAAGGUCGAAGUGGUCAUCUUAGAUAAAAAUGAUAGCCCACCGGAAUUCAAAAACAUUCCACCAGCUUAUUUCGCCUCCGAGGAUUUGGCUCCCGGACAGCUGAUAGCCACAAUUACAGCAGAAGAUCCCGAUACUAUUGGAACAAUAACAUAUACUAUACAAACAGAUGAAGCAACACCCUUCGCUCUCGACGCUCAAAGCGGACAGCUUUCAUUAAAGGAGCCGCUGGAUCGAGAAACGAUUUCAGAAUACCAUGUGCUGAUAAGAGCUGAUGAUGGAAUGCAGUUUACAGAUGUCACUAUUGUUGUUCAGGUCACCGAUACGAAUGACAAUCCACCGAUGUUCAAAGAGAGUGCUUACUCCUUUGACAUACCAGAAAACGCAGCCCGAGGUUCCGUGGUUGGAACAGUGGCGGCUAUUGACCUCGACUCCGGACCAAAUGCUCAACUCACCUAUAAUGUCAUAUCGGAUUGGGCUAACGAUGUUUUCUCACUCAACCCGCAAACAGGAAUUUUUACGUUGACAGCCCGCCUCGACUAUGAAGAGACUCAACACUAUAUAAUAGUUGCGCAGGCGCAAGACAAUGGACAUCCUUCUCUUUCUGGUACAGUGACGGUGUACAUAAACGUUAUUGACUUAAAUGACAAUGCGCCCGUCUUUGAUCCCAUGAGUUUCUCGAACGAAAUUCUUGAAGAUGUCCCAGUUGGAUCAUCUGUGGUGACUGUUAGCGCUACUGACAUCGAUUCAGGUUUUAACGGGAAAUUGACAUAUAGUAUUUUUUCGGGGGAUGACAACCAGGAUUUCAAAAUAUCUUCAAAUGGUACGAUCGUCACAUCAAAAUUAUUGGACAGAGAAACUAUACCAAUAUACAAUCUAGUAAUUACUGCUAAGGACUUAGCUAAGCCACCUGAGCCUCGGUUAUCAGCUACAGUGCAGGUUACAAUACUUCUAAAAGAUGUAAAUGAUAUGGCUCCUGAAUUUAUUUCUCCGAAAACCACUGCAAUAUCUGAGAAUAUUCCAUUAAAUACUGUGAUAAUGACUGUAAAAGCUGUUGAUAAAGAUGAAGGUAGAAAUGGGUACGUUGAAUACUUUAUGGCGCCAGAUCCUGAAGUAGAUGGUUAUUUCACAUUAGGAAAUGUUGAUGGCAUAUUAAGAGCAACUGGGAAACUCGAUCGAGAGUUGAAAUCAAAUUAUACAAUACUUCUUACUGCGAAGGAUAGAGGGGACCCACCCAAUGUUACAAAAGGCAAAAUUUUUAUUAAAAUUUUGGACGAAAAUGACAAUAGUCCUGUUUUUGAUCCAAAACAAUACAGUGCUUCAGUGCCUGAAAAUGCAAGUAUAGGAGCAAGUGUGUUACAAGUAUCUGCAACCGAUGUCGAUGAAGGUAUUAAUGGUAGAGUAAGAUACUCCAUUGCAUCAGGUGAUGAAAAUAGAGAUUUUAGUAUCAGUGAGGAUACUGGGAUUGUAAGAGUAGCUAAAAAUCUGAACUUUGAAAGAAAAUCCCGUUAUAUUUUAUCAAUAAAAGCUGAAGACUGUGGUAAAGACGAUAUAAGGUUCGACACUGCAGAAUUAUCUAUAUCUAUUCAAGAUAUAAACGAUAACCCACCAACCUUUCUUGAUACGCCAUAUUUGGCUUAUGUUAUGGAAAAUGUAAUUCCACCUUAUGGAGGAUAUAUUCUAACAGUACAAGCAUAUGAUGCAGACUCUCCUCCAUUCAACAAUCAAGUAAGAUACUUUAUAAAAGAGGGUGAUUCAGAUCUCUUCAAAAUAAAUGCUUCUUCGGGACAAAUAUCUUUAUUACGGACUUUAGACCGUGAAGCUCAAGAUGAAUAUACACUUUCUCUUGUAGCUAUGGAUACAGGAUCUCCCCCACUCACUGGUUCUGGAACUGUCAAAAUUAUUGUACAAGAUGUGAAUGACAACAGUCCUGACUUUCAGAGGCAAAGUUAUAAAACAAGUGUUAAAGAGAACUUACCACCAGAAACUGAAAUACUUCAUCCCAAAGCAAUAGAUAAAGAUAUAGGUAAUAAUGCAAAAAUAAGAUAUAGUUUAUUAGGUGAUAAAUCAGAAAGAUUUAGAAUAGAUCCUGUAACUGGCGUUGUUUAUACUAAUGCAACACUGGACAGAGAAGAGUGGGAAAUCUACUACCUUAUAAUAAUGGCACAAGACUCUUCAACAACAGACCCAAGAACAGCUACCGCGAACCUUACAAUUUUAGUUGAAGACGAAAAUGACAACACACCAACAUUUCCUCAAUCACUAUAUGAGGUUUAUAUAUCUGAGAGAACCGUACAAGGUGAUUUUGUUUUUGGCGUGAAAGCGAAAGAUAAUGAUAUUGGAGAUAAUAAAAAAAUUGUAUAUGAUUUAAAGGGAGAACACCAUAGCCUCUUUACCAUCAAUAAGGACACAGGAGUAAUAAAAGCAAAAGAAAAUUUAAUGAAAUACAAGGAUAAAAUGAGAUCGACUUUUAAUCUUAUUAUUCUAGCAACUGAUAGUGGAACAUUUCCUAGAGAAAGUUCCGCUGAAUUGAUUUUAAUACCAAAAUCAGGAAAGAAUUUCCCAAAAUUUACCGUGAAUAACAAAUUAACUUUCUCAUUUUCUGAAGAUACCCCAGAAGGUGUAUUAGUAACUAGACUUUCAGCAACAUCCCCAAAAACUGGACCUACUGGACUCCUUCAAUAUUCAGUAGCGGGAGGAAAUGUAGGUGAUGCCUUAAGAGUUGAGCCAAUGAGUGGUGAAAUUUUUAUCACUGGUAGAGGCUUUGACUAUGAAACAAUGCCAUUAUAUGAAGUUUGGUUUGAAGUAAAAGAUUCUGAUAAUCCACCAUUAAAAUCUUUUAUUGAAAUUGAAAUUAAAGUUACGGAUGCCAAUGAUAAUGCUCCUAUUCUUGAAAGUUUAUUAUAUAACGCAUCCAUUCCUGAAGAAGAGUCCCCGCCUCAAAUGGUGAUAAAGAUUGAAGCUCAUGAUGAUGACUCAAAUGAAAAUGGAAGAAUUUCUUAUAGGCUUGUAAAUGAUUACGAAGAAACUUUCGCUAUUGAUUCAGAUAGUGGUGAAAUCUUUACCAAUAUUGCUUUAGAUAGAGAAUCAAUACCAUUUUAUGAAAUUUUAGUUGAAGCUGUUGAUCAUGGAAUACCACAAUUAGUUGGCACGUCUACUGUUCUGGUGUCUGUUUUAGAUAAAAAUGAUAAUCCACCAAGAUUUACUCGACUUUUUAGCGUCAAUGUAACUGAAAAUGCUGAAAUCGGUUCUUUCGUUAUACGAGUAACAAGUGCUGAUUUAGAUACAGGCCCUAAUGCUAAUGCUACAUACAGUUUUGUGGAAAAUCCUGGAGAAAAAUUUGUGAUAGAUCCGAUUAGUGGAAAUGUUACUGUUGCUAAACCGUUAGAUAGAGAGCUACAAGAUGAAUACAUUCUAAAAGUUGCAGCCAUAGAUGGAGCUUGGCGAUCUGAAACACCAUUGACUAUAACUAUUCAAGACCAAAAUGACAACGCCCCUGAGUUUGAAUAUUCAUAUUAUAGUUUCAACUUUCCUGAACUUCAAGACAAAAAUAGUUUUGUUGGUCAAGUAAUAGCCACUGACAAAGACAAACAAGGUUCUAAUUCAAUUAUUUCUUACUCCUUACAACAAAGCUCUGACCUAUUUUCAAUUGACCCUGCCACUGGAGAGAUAGUAACUAAAUUUAUGAUGAAUUACAAAAGAACAUCUGUUAAUACAUCCCCAGAAAAUACAUAUUCUGUUAUAGUCGUGGCUACUGAUAAUGGAAAACCACCCAUGUCAUCAGAGUGUUUAGUCACUAUAAAUGUUGUAGAUGCAAAUAAUAAUAAACCUAAAUUUAAAGAGCAUGAGAAUUUAGUACCGGUUCCUCAAGAUGCUACUGUUGGAGAAAAAAUAAUACAACUUCAAGCCGAAGAUAAUUUAGAUUUCGGUAUAAAUGCUGAAAUUGAAUAUAAUAUAUUUGGUGGCAAUGGCACGACUUAUUUUUCCAUUGAUAAACUUAAUGGGUGGAUUAUUAUCGGGAAGCAAUUUUAUUAUACUGGGCAGUAUUACCAAAUUAAAGUUAAAGCAAUAGAUCGUGGUGUACCGCCACAAUGGGAUGAAACAACAGUAACUUUUGUCGUUACUGGAGAAAACAUUUAUAGCCCACGAUUUACAGCCUUGAGUUAUCAAGUGAUAGUUCCAGAAAAUGAACCAAUAGGUUCAUCAAUAUUGUCGUUGGAUGCUAAAGAUGAAGAUGAGGGACCCAAUGGUAUAGUUAGAUACACAAUUACAUCAGGUAAUGAAGAAAAAGAAUUUAAAGUAGAUCCAGUUACUGGUACUAUAAGUAUUUUAAGAUCACUUGAUUAUGAUGAAAUUCAGGAAUAUCGGCUAAAUAUUACUGCAAAAGACUUAGGUUUCAAGCCAAGAGAAACGACAGCUACGAUAACAAUUAUUUUAACAGAUAUAAAUGAUAAUGCUCCCCAUUUUAAUCAGUCCCAAUACGUCGCCUAUUUAACUGAAAAUUCACCAGCCAAGAGUUUUAUUUAUAAAGUGAAAGCAACAGACAUUGACUCACCCAAAAAUGCUAUUAUAAAAUAUUACAUUAAAAAUGAAAUGUCCGCCCUGUUUUCCAUAGAUGAAAAUUCAGGUGAUAUUUUUUCUAAAGAGGUUUUUGAUUUUGAAGAAAAAACCGUUUAUAACUUACAAAUACUGGCUGAAAAUCCCGAUUCAGUCAUGCAAAGUACAACAGAAGUUAUAGUUUACAUCACAGGCAUAAAUGAAUAUUACCCGAAAUUCAUUCAACCUGUGUUUCAUUUUGAUGUUUCUGAAUCAGCUGAAGUCGGAACAAAUGUUGGUGUUAUUCAGGCUACUGAUCAAGACAGUGGAGAUGAUGGAAUUAUAUAUUAUUUACUAGUCGGUUCAAGUAAUGAUAAAGGAUUUAGUAUUAAUUCACAGACUGGGGUUAUAAGAGUUGCAAGAUAUUUAGAUAGAGAAACACAGAAUAGAGUUGUACUGACAGUGCUGGCAAAAAAUUCAGGUGGAAUACAUGGAAAUGAUACUGAUGAAGCUCAAGUAAUAAUUUCAAUUCAGGACGGAAAUGAUCCUCCUGAAUUCCUAAGAAAUUAUUAUGAAGCAACUAUAUCUGAGGGCUCUCAAGUCGGUGAAGAAGUUAUCCAAGUUAAAGCUGUAGAUAAAGAUGUUCGAUCACAAAAUAAUCAAUUUAGCUUUUCCAUCAUAGACGGGAACUUAAACCAAGAUUUUAAAAUAGAUCCACAGGGUGGAAAUAUUGAAGUUGCUCGAAAUUUGGAUAGGGAAAAGAUAUCAACUUAUUCUCUUAUAAUUGGUGCCAUUGACACAGGGGUUCCUCCUCAAACGGGUACUGCUACUGUCAAAAUAACUUUAACAGAUAUUAAUGAUAAUGGACCAGUCAUAGACACAGCGAGUUUUAAUGGAGCUGUGUAUGAAAAUGAGCCCCCGAAUACAAGCAUAACCACAUUAUCAGCAAAUGAUCCUGAUUUACCGCCUAAUGGUGCUCCAUUCACCUAUGCCAUAGUUGGAGGGAGACAUGAAAAUUAUGUUAAAGUCCAAAAACAUACAGGAGUACUUUUGACAAGUAAAAGAAUAGAUAGAGAGGUUACUCCUUAUUUAGAUAUAGUAAUACAAGUGGAAGAUAGUGGAACACCGGUUAUGUACUCUAACUUUUCACUUCAAAUUAAAAUAUUAGACAAAAACGAUAAUCCACCUUCUCCUCGAUCAGCUCAUGUUUUGGUAUACACAUUCAACAAUAAAAUACCAAGUGGACCAAUAGCUGACGUAAAACCUAACGACUCUGAUAUAGUUGGUGACUACGAAUGUAAAUUAAUUAAACAUUCCACAUCUGACACCACUCUAUCAUUAUUUAAUAUUAGAAAAGGAUGUGAUCUCUACACAAAUACUGUUAAACCUGGUCAAGGAUAUUCUUUCUCAGUAUCAGGCAACGAUGGAAUUCAUAAAGACGUUGUAUCCUCAAUAAGUGUUGAAUUCUUUAGCUUCACAAAUAGUACUGUCGAACAGUCAAUAACUGCUAGGAUAAUCAAUAUGACAGCUACAGAUUUUCUAACAGACUAUUAUAGAACAGUUUUAGAAAUAUUUAGAGGUGGAUUAAAAAAUAAAGAGAUUGUUUACUUGUAUAGCAUCAAUGAAAAGGUUCAAGAUAUAGAUUUGUUGAUCGCUAUAAAAGAUAACAAUUCCGUUUGGAGUAAAGAAAACACAGAAAAACAUUUAAAAUCUAAACAACUUGAAAUGCAAAAAGUACUAAAACGUCAAGUCAUAAUUCCAUUCUAUCCAUGUUCUGCUCAUCAAUGCCAAAAUGAAGGUACUUGUACAGACGCUAUAGACGUACUGGAUGGUACGAAGAUAGUAGAAAGCUCUAGUUUAAUACUUUCAUCACCUCUCGUGCGUCACGAUUAUGUGUGUCAUUGUAUAGACAGAUUCACUGGUAGUAAUUGUGAAAAGCGUCAAGAUCCAUGUUCACCAAAUCCUUGUCAAUUUGGAGGAGUAUGUCGUAAGCUAGGACAUGAUUUUGUUUGUUCUUGUUCAUCAAGACGUCAUGGAAAAACUUGUGAAUUGGAAAGAAAUGAUGUCUGUAGUAGCAAUCCAUGUAAGAAUGGGGGGUCCUGUAAGGAGAGUGCUGAUAGAAACUCCUUCUUUUGUUUGUGUCGUCCUGGUUAUCGAGGGAAUCAAUGUGAAGCUUUGGUAGACUCUUGCAGACCUAACCCUUGUUUACAUGGAGGAAUAUGUAUUGGUUUGAAACCAGGAUAUAAAUGUAGCUGCGUAAAUGGCCGUUAUGGGACACAUUGUGAAAGCUCAACGUUUGGAUUUGAUGAAUUGUCUUAUAUGCAAUAUCCGGCAUUAGAUGCAUCUACCAACGAUAUUACAAUAAUAUUUGCAACUACAAAGUCGGACGCCCUUCUUUUGUAUAAUUAUGGUGCCCAAACAGGAGGAAGAUCAGAUUUCAUUGCAAUAGAAAUACUUGGGGGCAAGCCUGUUUUUUCAUUUGGUGGAUCAAGAACAUCUAUUACUUCCGUGGCAUUGAUGGAUACUGAUAAAAAUCUUGCUGAUGGUAAAUGGUACAAACUGACGGCUACAAGAAAUGGUCGAGUAAUAUCACUCAGUAUUGGAUCUUGUACUGAUCAUGGAGAUGUCUGCACCGAGUGUGAACCGGGCGACGAUUCUUGUUAUAACGAUGAUACUGGACAAGCUGGAACCUUAAAUUUCAAUAAUGAACCACUACUUAUUGGAGGUCUUCGUAAGGCUGAUCCAGUGUUAGAAAGGCCAGGACAAAUUCAUUCUGAUGACUUUGUUGGCUGUUUGCACAGUAUAACGAUCAAUGGACGUAUUCUAAAUCUAACAAAUCCAUUAGAUUCCCGAGGAGUUCAUCCCAAUUGCGCCAGGAGAGAAAAAGGUGCAUGCUUCAAACAAGAACUUUGUGGAUCUGGUCAAUGUAUUGAUAGGUGGAAGACUCACUACUGUAAGUGUGAUAACAAUAUCAUUUCAGCAGAUUGCUCAUUGUCGCUUCAAAGCAUUUCUGUUGGUGAGACCGGUUUCAUAUCUUAUGUUAUAACUGAAAAACAUAGAAGAAUGCAAUUAUUAGAUUCAUUUUAUGGCGGAAGUACAAUGUGGGAGCGAAAACUAUAUAAAGGAAAGACUAUACCUAAACUUAAUAAUCCAGCAAAGUACCUUUCAUUUUUAUUCAGAACAUAUAGAAAAGAAGGUGUUCUGUUUUACUCUGCAACAGAUAAGUAUUACACACUAAUUGAAUUACUCGGCGGUAAAGUUACUUACACUUCGAAACAAAAUACUAUUGUUAAUAUGAGCCAGACAGAAACAUUUGAUGUUUCUGAUGGAAAUUGGCAUAAUAUAACGUUAUUAGCUCAUGGAAGAAGUAUAAGGCUAAUUAUUGAUAAUAAAAAUAUUGGAGAAGAACUAGACGCUGCUGGAGUUCAUGAUUUCUUAGAUCCCUAUUUAACCAUAAUCUCCUUAGGAGGGAUAAAAGCAGAAUGGAUUACAAACUAUAAUAAGUUUGAAGGAUGUUUUGCAAACUUUACUGUGAAUAAUGAGAUUCAACCAUUUGCUGGUAAUGGUAGUAUUUUUAAAGAAGUUACAAAAACCGGAAAAAUUUUACCUGGAUGUCACAGUGCCUUUGGCGCUGGCUUAGUUCAAAAUCCUGAUCCAUUAAAUAUUGGUUUGAUACUUGUAAUAUCAUUUUUCAUUAUUCUUUUGGUAGCAAUAGCAGUUUCUUUUCUCGUUUUUCGCCUAAGAAAGCAGAAGAAAGAAACAGGAAAUACACCGUCGAGUAAAGGGAAUAUGAGUCACUCGAAACAAAAUGGUGGACCUGCUAUGUUAAAUACUCCAAAUUUAAUUGCUGGUACUAACGACAGUCUGAUAAAUAGAAAUAUUCAUAACAAUGAUACUAGUUUAAAUAGUUACAUUUCUGAAAAUGCAGAUAUUAUGCGCAAUGUUGGCCAUAUAGUUGGCCCUGAAUUAUUGUCAAAGAAAUAUAAAGAUCGCGAUAUAAUGAAUUUAGACCAUCCAAGAAGCCAACGUCCUGAUAUAAUAGAGCGUGAAGUGGUUGGAAAAAGUCCAGCUUUAAGAGAAGAUCACCAUUCUCCACCACCUCUGUCAACUAAUACGUCUCAUCAUACUCAUGAUCAUCCGAGCGGAAUGGAUAUGAAUUCUGAAGUACCUGAACACUAUGAUCUUGAAAAUGCUAGUUCGAUUGCACCAUCAGAUAUAGAUAUUCCUUAUCAUUAUAAGGCUUUUAGAGAAGCCGCUGGUGUCCGAAAAUACAAAGCAACUCCUCCACCUAUUGCGAGUUACCAUCAUAAGCACCAGACUCCUCAGCACAGGCAUUCACCACAUCAUCCGAGUGGAUAUCCGCCAAGAGUGUUAUCACAGAAUUCCCAACCCCCACCUCAAACUAGACAGCAUCAGACAACUCCACUUGCACGAUUAUCACCCAGUAGCGAAUUAAGUCAACAACCAAGAAUUCUAACAUUACAUGAUAUUUCUGGAAAACCACUACAAAGUGCCUUACUAGCAACCACAUCAAGUUCUGGCGGAGUUGGUAAAGAUCCUUUACAUAGUAAUAGUGAACGUAGUUUAAAUAGUCCAGUAAUGUCACAGCUAAGUGGACAAAGUUCAUCAGCUGGAAGAAAAACCCCUAGUGCCACUCCUCAAGUUCCUCAGGUUGUAUCCGUAGGAACGGGAGCUGUGGGACUAACAGCCGAAGAAAUAGAAAGAAUGAACGCAAGGCAAAGAACUUCUAGUCUUGUAUCUACACUCGAUGCUGUUUCUAGUUCCAGUGAAGCGCCUCGUGGAGGUGGUGUUGGUCAUCAUAUGUCACACAGACAGCACUCUCCACCCGUCGAUAACAGAAGUUCAACAGGGUCAGAUGAUGAAAGUGGUAAUGAUAGUUUUACUUGCUCAGAAAUAGAAUAUGAUAAUAACAGCAUAAGCGCUGAAAAACCAGAAGAUAUAAGAAGAUCAAAUGUAAAUAGUGGUAAUAAUAACAAAAAGCCAAUCUUACCGCCUCCUUAUGAAAGUUUUGAUUCUUCAUUUCGAGGUUCACUGAGUACCUUAGUGGCAUCUGAUGACGAUUUAGUUCCUCAUGUCGGUUCAGCCCUUUAUAGACAAGCUAACGGAUCUCCCGCAGCGGCAACUUUAUCGUGGGAUUAUUUAUUAAACUUCGAAAGUAUGAUUGGGGUCUUUAAAGAUAUUGCUGAGUUACCUGACUCAGUAAAUGGCCGAAUGUCUUCCUCAUUACGACUGCCAAACGGAACUCCGAAACCGUCCGAAGAAUAUGUCUGA